UUCAAAAUGUCCUUACUUUUCGACGAGUCUAUGAAAAAAAUUAAAUUAAUUUUUAAAAUCGUUGGGAUAUAUUUAGAUCGUCGAAUUACGAAUACCACUGAACAUAUAAUAAAAUUCAGGUCGUUGUGUUUAAUAAACAUCGUUUGGCUGGGCACAUGUAUUGCUGGCGAAGUGGUAUGGAUUAUAGAUGGUAUUUUAACCGGGAAAAGUCUACAAGAAAUAACUUACAUGGUGCCCUGCACAACUUAUUGCACACUUGCAUGCAUAACAUAUUUCAAUGUACUUCUUAACGAAAACAAAGUGAACAAUCUUUGUAAACAACUGAGAGACAUAGAGAAUAAUAAUAUGGAUCAUAUUGGGAGUAAUGAAGUUGAGAACAAAAUCAUUAGUAAAUACAAAAAAAACUUGAAGACUGUAAUAAACGUUGUCAUUACACUCAAUGCUCUGACCGUGAUAUCGUUCGUUGCAAGUACAUUGGUACUAAUAGGAAUGGAUUAUGUAAAUACAGGAGAGAUCAUGCUGCAGUUACCUUUCCUGGUUGCUUAUCCAUUCGACCCAUACUACAUAAAAUACUGGCCGAUUGCGUACGUGCAUCAAGUUUGGACUACAACCUUGGUCGCGUUCGCAAUCCUUGGAACGGACUGCCUCCUUUGUACAUGCUGCACUAGCAUCUGCAUUCAGUUUCGCUUGCUGCAAAAGCAAUUUGAAACCAUUAUCCCUGAACGCAGUUUUAACGGAAAUAUAUUCUUGGAUAAGCUAAAGAAAUUAGUGGAUCGUCAUGAGAAGAUCAUACAGGCAGUAGCUCUAUUGGAAUAUAUUUACACGAAGUUGACGUUAUUAAAUUUCGUGUCAAGCUCACUUUUAAUUUGCCUCACAGGAUUCAAUGUCGCUGCCACUCGUGACAUAGUAGUCAUAAUCACCUUUCUCACGUUCCUACUCAUGAGUCUGUUGCGGACCUACCUGCUAUGUUUCUGUGGAGAUAUGGUUAUGACAUCGAGCACAGGAGUGAGCAACGCUGUUUACAAUUCCAAAUGGUAUACGGUGAACGCAAUGACAGCAAAGUAUUUACAUGUGAUUCAAAUGAGGGCACAGCUACCCUCCAAGUUGACGGCCUAUGGUUUCGCCGACGUCAAUAUGGUUGCUUUCUCAAGGAUAUUGAGCACAGCCUGGUCCUACUUUACUCUCCUGAACACUAUGGAGAGCUCAACAUGAGCCUAGUUCUACACUCAUUUGAACAGUUUCUAGAACUCGAGCAAUUUUUUUCUCACUUGCACCGAUUUACACUCACAUCUCGCAUUAUAAAGCAAGCGAUAAUAUCUACAUACAUGACAUUACAUACCUACACGUAACGCAAAGAAAUACGGUACCAUAAUUAUAUUUUAAUACUUAGGGGUGUUUGAGACUAUAAACAUCGAUGUUGGUAACCUUUAAAAUAUGCUCAUACGCUACGACAUAUCGCUGGCUGUAUAACAACAUUAACAACCUCUUAUACUUCUCUUAUAUA